GAACCAAGAAAGAGAAAAUUGCCUAACUCUAUAUUGAGAUAUCAGAUAACUCUCUGAGAAGCUUCGAGGGGGUAACCAGUUAGGAAAUCCCCAAAUAUAUAUAUCAUCACUUCCCAGCUCCCUUUCCCCUCCUCUCUCUCUCUGUCUGUCUGUCUCGCUGUGUGAAAUCAACAAAAAAAGUAGAACAAUUCGCACUCGAUGGAAUCGCCCAUGGCUUGUCUUGUUUCAAGCACGGGUCAUAUUGGUCAAAGAAGAGAACACCGACCGUCAUUGUAGUGAAAGCUUCUCCCUUUUAGGCAUUGCAGAUUUGAAGUAAUCUUUACACCAAGAAACAAAUUGCACAGAUCGACUGAAAGAAUUCGAGGUUGGUCAUGGAGUUUGAGCAAGGAGGAGAAGGGUAUUGUGAGGAAGAAGAAGGAGAAGAAGAAGGAGAAGAAGAAGAGAUGACUGUAGAUAGGGGUAUGACUAAGAUCCCUUUCUCGUCUGCAUCUUCAUCUUCUUCACCUUAUUCUCAAUACAAAGGUGUGGUCCCUCAGCCAGACAGGAGAUGGGGAGGACAGAUGUACGAGAGGCACCAGCAGGAAGAAGAGGCCGGAAGGUCUUACGAUCGACCAGCAGCAGCUCCGCUAGAGUUCCAUGGCCAGGAGGCUGUUACCAAUUUCAACCGGAAGCUCGAGCUCAUUGAUUUGUCUACAAGAAGAAGCGAUGAUAUCAGCCGGGGGGAAUCUGAUGGUGGUGGUAGUAGCAGUGGCGGUGGUGGAUGCGUUGAGAGGGAACACAUGUUUGAUAAGGUUGUCACACCAAGCGAUGUGGGCAAGCUCAACCGCCUCGUUAUUCCAAAGCAACACGCUGAGAAGUACUUCCCACUUGACUCUGCAGCAAACGAGAAGGGUCUCCUGUUAAGUUUUGAAGAUCGGAGCGGGAAACCAUGGCGAUUUCGAUAUUCUUACUGGAAUAGCAGCCAAAGCUACGUGAUGACCAAAGGGUGGAGCCGAUUCGUGAAGGAGAAAAAGCUUGACGCGGGAGAUAUCGUGUCAUUUGAGCGUGGAGUCGGGGAGUCUGGUAGGAAUCGUCUGUAUAUCGACUGGAGGCGCCGUCCCGAUGCUCCAGAUCCUGCUAUUUUACCGCCUCUACCAUUUUCGCACCCUCUCUCUCUGCCCCGGUCCGUCCCAUGGGGCCACGGCCGAUUAUUCUUGCCGACGACGCCGACAGUGUCCAUGUCGGUUUCCAUGCCAUCACGGAACCAUGUGAAUUUCCAGCAGCCGAAUUAUGACGGUCAUCACCACCACCACCAUCAUCAUCAUCAUCCUCAUCCUCACCGGACUAGUUACAACAGUAAUACAUAUGGUUACAAUGUGGUGAACUCAGGUGCUGGUUCCGUUGUUUACCUAAGAUCCUCAGCCCCAUUACCAGCAGGUGGAGUAGUGCAACAGGGUGUGGAUGAGCCGAUGGUGUUCGACUCGGUCCCGGUGGUCCAUGGUAAGGCUGCCGCCAAGCGUGUUAGGCUGUUUGGAGUGAACCUAGAUUGCCCCAUAUCAGAGGACCCCGAAUUCCACGCUUUGUCCUCCUCCCCUACGAUCCAACAUACAACCACAACCAUGGAUUCUCUCUCCCCUCAGCAUCCAACUCCUCCUCUUCAAUUAAGGCUCUAUAGUGGCGCCCCACUACCAACAGUGCCACCUGAAUUGCCAAAGAAUGGGAAGCAGUCUUUGACCUUCAAUUUGGACAUCUGAGAGGGGCAGUGAGGAGUCUGCGAGCAUGUUAAGAAACAAAUACCAGUCUGGUUCGGACUGUUUAUUUCCUCAGAUCUUCAUGACAUCUCUCCUUAUUGCUUACAGUCACCCGUCCCCUGAGAGCCACUUAAUUGCUUUGUGGUUGCGCUUAGCAUGGCUAAUGAAUGAAUAGAAAGAAAGGUUGAGUUAUAUUGAAGACCUGUCCUUACUUAUCUUUAUUUAUUUAUUUUUCUUACUGCACUACUUCAUCUGUUGAUUAAGGUCUGGGAUUCGUCAAGGACUAGCUCAAGAGAGAAACUAGCUACCAUAUCGAGGAAUUAUCUUUUAAUUGUGUAUAAUUCACUUAUAGAUAGAUAAUACCAAUAUAGAUUCAUCA